AUGACAAGAUGUCGAGUUUUAUCAAGAGAAAAAGUUAAUAUCAAAGAUGUGAAAAAUAUUCUGAAUGACAUUGGGAUAGAACUGACGCCUAAAGAAUGCUUGGAACUGGUAAAAAAUCUUCAAGUUGAUGAUGAUGGAAAUAUAUAUGAAAGUAGAUUGCUGGAUGGUGUCAAAUCUUUCAAAGGUGGGAGAAUUGACAUCAAUAACCUGGAAAACGUUUUGGAAAACAUGAAAAUCAAGCUCCCAGAUAAGAAACUUAAAGAUUUACAACAAAAGCUACCAGUUGGUGCUUCUGGAAAGAUUGAUCUGCCUGAACUGCUAAAAGAAAUAAAGAAAUUCAUAGGAGGAGAAAUUGAUGCCAAAGUCACAAGAAAAGUAUUGGGAAACAUUGGGAUAAAUCUCACAAAUAGGGAAUUUGCAGAGCUGCUAAAAAUAUUGCCAAUUAAGGAUAAUGGAAGAGUAUAUAGAACUGAAUUGCUCGAUAUUUUAAAAUGGUUUCCUGGUGGAACAUGCCAUGUGUCUAAAAUAAAGCCCAUCCUGGAAGACAUGGGUUAUGAACUGGAAGAUGAGGAAAUUGAGGACUUGAGGAAUCACCUUUCCACUAAUGAUGAUGAAAGCAUGACUAAACUGAAUGAGGUGAUGGAAAAUGUAAAAUUAUUUACAGGAACCAAGAUUGAUGCAAAUGAAGUAGAUGGUGUUUUGAAAACUAUGGGGAUAGAACUCACAUCUAAGGAACGCUGGGAGCUACUAAAAACUCUGCCAAUGAUGUCUGAUGGAAAGGUGUAUCACAAUCGAUUGCUAGAUGGUUUAAAGACUUUCCGCAGAGGGAAGGUUUUAAAAAAUAAACUAGAAACCAUUCUGGAAAGCAUGAACUAUUCACUUGAACAAAAUGAAAUGAAAGAUCUACAGGAUCAUUUAAAAGUCGAUGAUAAUGGAAAAAUUUCACUGAAUUCUUUGAUGAAUACAGCCAAUUUAUUUUCUGGUGAUAAGAUUAAUGCCAGUGACGUACAACUUUGUCUGGGAAAAGUAGGUAUUGAAUUAACAAAGGAUGAAAAUAAGGCACUACUGGAGACAGUGCCAUUGGAUGAUAAUAAAAUGGUGUAUAAGAAGAGAUUGAUUGAUGGAGUGAAGACUUACAGAAGAGGAAAGGUCAAUAUUGAUAAAAUAGAUGAUGCUCUUGAAACUUUGGGAUACUUACUUGACUAUGAAGAAAUUGAGGAACUGUGUGACCACCUGCCAGUUGAUGAUGAAAGAAGAGUUCAAAUGAAUUUACUUCUGGAUGAAGUAAAUGAAUUUUUAGCAAGAUGUCAAAGCAAAUUACACACAUGACAUCUGUGAACAUGGUCACAAUUAAGGCAAAAAUAAAAGAAUAUGACAAAUAUUAACAUGAUGGCAGAAUGAUUUACACCAACUCAUUUAGAGAUUGUUACAGAAACACCAACUUUUGG